UCGUGUGAAUUUGAAGAGGCCUCCGUCGGUUCUUUGGGUUUUACCCCUCGGAUCGGUCCCGCUCACUGCUGGGAGGAAGAGAGUUCAAAUGGUGGAAAGAUUCUUUUCCAUUCCCCAAAUUGAACAGCAGCAGCAGCAGCAACCCCAAAUUUUGCUUCUUUCGGGCCCUCCUUCCUCCGGGAAAUCCUCUUUGCUUUUUCAGUUUGCAUAUAAUUCCGCCUUCAGCACCACCUCCUCUUCUGCCGUAUUCCUAUGCAACCGUCGCAAGUUAGACACCUGUCCACCAUUUCUCUCUCAGGGCAUUGAUCCGUCUUCUGAAGUUUUCCAACGUAUCCAAAUAAAGUAUGUGGAUGAUGACGAGGGAAUCAAGAACUACUUUGCUGCAUUUCACUUGCAGCAUCCUACUUUUCCUCUUUCAGUCAUCAUUGAUGAUUUUGCUGAUUUCUUUGACGAAAGAAAUUGCCAAGACAAGUACACUAGUCCCCGCGGAAGAGACUUGGCUAUGAUUCGAGUGUUGGCUCUAUGUCAAAACGCCAUUUCACGUGCCAAUGAAGCAGGUCCAUGUAUGCUAUUGCUCUCUGACACACACCAUGGUGACUCCCCAAGAUUGCUCUAUAUAUACAAGAGAUGGGUCUCUUCUAUUUACACAAUUAAAGGUGAUGGCUUUGGAUCAUUUCUUCUUAGGACUAGCUACCAAUCAGGAAUUGCCAAAUCAGCUGGAAAUAGAAUCGCCAAGUACUCCAUAGCUCUACAGUAUUUGGUUUUGGAAGGUAUUGCUGAAGAUGAAGGACAGUAAGUGUACCCCUGAAUUAUUAGGUUCGCUUGGAUGUAUGUUGGUACUAGCACAGAUCUAUGGACAGGCUGGGCGGAGACUAUUACAAGUGUUGUGACUUGAGAUGUAUGGCAUUUUAACGUUGCAUUCUACAAGUGUUGGUGGAACACAUUUGAUACUGGAAUAGCAUUUCUUGAGAAUUACAAGUGUUGUGACUUGAAAGGUGUAUAAAUACUUCUGUUGGUGAUACUGAAAAUUGGAGAGAGCUUGAAGAAAUAACUUUGCAUAAUCAAUUGUUCAUCAAGUUCUGUUGUCCCA